UGUUACGAGGGAAAAAAUGUGUUUUGCCCAGUGCGUUUCCAAGAGGAGACGGAUAAAGCGACUUGUUUCUUCGCUCAAACGCCAAUCCCCGAGUUGCCUUCACUAAUGGCCCUGGAUUUAUAAAGCUCAGCCCGCCUGCGCCUGUUCUUCUGGGGAAAAAAACUUGUGGCCGAAGGAAGGAGGCGGAAGAGGCCAAGCAGCGACUCCUGUCGGGGAAAGGGGGCGAAGGGUGGAGAGCUGGAGUGGUUUAGUCAUCCUUUAUGUGCACCCCCCUCUCAGCUGCUCCUCUCAUGGACUCCCCCUAGUAAUAAUAGCGACGCCAAAGCUCCUCUCGCUGGGACUGGGAAUCCCGAACACUCAACUUUCGGAAACAGCCCCCCCCCUCCUAUUACUUGUGGGAGCCGGUGCGGCCGGAUAAGCUGAGGGAUACUGGAGCUCCAAUUGUCGGAGAGCAGGAGGGGGUCGGGAACGACGAGGAGCAGGAUGAUGAGCAGUGGAAGCGGCGGCGGAGGGGUGGGCGCGGGAGUCGGCGGCGGGGAGGUGGUCUGCUCUGGAUGGCUCCGCAAAUCCCCCCCGGAGAAAAAGUUAAAACGUUUCGCAUGGAAGAGGAGAUGGUUUAUCCUUCGCAGUGGCCGUCUAACAGGAGACCCAGAUGUGCUGGAGUACUACAAAAAUGAUCAUGCAAAGAAGCCCAUCCGUAUUAUUGACUUAAAUUUGUGUGAACAAGUUGAUGCUGGGCUGGUGUUCAACAAAAAGGAAUUUGAAAAUAGUUAUAUUUUUGACAUCAAGACCAUUGACCGGGUAUUUUAUUUAGUGGCAGAAAGUGAGGAAGAAAUGAAUAAGUGGGUUCGAAAUAUCUGUGAUAUCUGUGGAUUUAAUCCCACUGAUGAAGAUGCCGUAAAACCUGCUGUGAACUCAGAAUCUUCCAACCAAGCAGCAAAUGUCCAAGGCCCUCUACCUCCCCCUUACCAGCUCAUAAAUAUGCCACUUGUAGAAUCCUCAAAUAGCCAAGAAGAUCCCCAGGACUAUCUUUUACUAAUAAACUGCCAAAGCAAGAAACCUGAACCAUUGAGAUCUCAAGGAGAUUCAACCAGGACAGCCACAGCGGAAACAGACUGCAAUGACAAUGUUGCUACUCACAAAGGUUCCUCGGCCCAAAAACAUGCAGUGAAUGGAUACUUUCAGCAGUCUAGCGUUUAUGACUCUCCAUCCCGUGGUGGAUCAGUUUCUACAGAAUCUAGUUUCUACAGUCUUCCUAGAAGCUACUCACAAGAUGUUUUACCAAAAGCUACAUCACCUUCAGUCACUGAUAUGGAUGGAGAUUCCAAUGUUUUUAACAUGUCUGGAGCCUCUUCUCUAGAGACACAACUGAGGCAUUUUUCAUUAAGCUAUGACAUUCCUCCAUCAUCUGGAAGCACUUAUCAGAUUCCCAGAACUGUUCAUGAGGGUGCUUCUGGUCAGUCUUCAGCAAAGAUGGAGUCCAUAACAGAUGUUCCACCUCCUAGACCGCCAAAGCCUCAUCAGUCUUCAGAACGAUCUCCAAGUGAAUAUGGUCUUACACGGACUGUUUCAGAGACUGAUAGCAACUACUGUGUCCCAACAUCUGGAAUGCCUGCAUCCCGUAGUAAUACCGUUUCAACUCUAGAGUUAAGUAAAUAUAAGAAAGAUAUGAGCUCUCAAGAUUUCUAUGACAUUCCUCGACCAUUUACAAGUGACAGAUCUAGCUCGCUUGAGGGCUUUCAUGGCCAUUUUAAAAAUAAAAGCUUGUUGGCAGUGGGAAGUUUUUCUAAUGAAGAAUUAGAUGAAAACUAUGUUCCAAUGAAUCCAAACUCCCCUCCACGACAGCAUUCCAACAGCUGUACUGAACCAGUUCAAGAAACCAACUAUGUUCCUAUGACUCCUGGCAUGUUUGACUUCUCAUCGUUUGGAAUGCAGGUCCCACCUCCAGCCCACAUGGGCUUCAGGUCCAGUCCAAAGACCCCUCCGAGGAGGUCUGUUCCAUCUGCUGAUUGUGAACCCCCACCAGUCGAUCGUAAUCUCAAACCAGAUAGGAAAGUAAGGCCAGCACCAUUGGAAAUAAAGCCUUUGCCUGAAUGGGAGGAAUUAAUGCAGACGCCAGUACGUUCUCCUGUUACAAGAAGCUUUGCUCGAGAUUCCUCUAGGUUCCCUAUGCCUUCCAGACCGGAUUCAGUACAUAGCACUGCUUCUAGCAGUGACUCGUUGGAUAGUGAAGAAAACUAUGUAGCCAUGAACCCAAGUCUCUCCACUGAAGAUCCAGGUUUGUUUGGGAACAGCAGCCUUGAUGAAGGCCACAGUCCUAUGAUAAAGCCUAAGGGAGACAAGCAAGUGGAAUAUUUAGACUUGGAUUUAGACUCUGGAAAAUCAACACCACCAAGAAAGAAGAAGAGUGUUGGUUCUGGAAGCAGUGCUGCUGACGAAAAGGUUGAUUAUGUUGUCGUAGACAAACAGAAAACACUAGCACUGAAAAGUACCAGAGAAGCAUGGACUGAUGGAAGACAGUCAACUGAAACGGAAACUCCAACCAAGAAUAUCAAAUGAACGCCCUUCGUAUUUGAACUGUUGCUUUUAUAAUCACAAGGGUGCAACUUGGAGCGACGCAUUCUGAUGCCUUCUAUGCCAGAUUCUGCAGAGAUGGAACCUACGUUUUAAUCUUGCUGAAUAUUUCCGAUAGAUCAGCGAGGCAGAGACUGAAUUGUGCACUGUGCUAUCUGUAGAUUUAAACCCCUGUAAAUAAUGCGUUAUGUAAAAAGAUUACCAUCUAACAAGAACCAUUUGUUUAACACAUCUAGCCAUGUUUUGUAGUAGUAUUAUUAUUAUUAUGUUUAUGCACUUUUUGUGGUUCAGGCAAUGGUUCUGCCAUUUAAUACCUUAAUCCUUUUUGUUAUUAACAUAGAUUAUUUUUAGUGGGAUUUUAUCAUCUGCAUUUUUAAUACACUAAGAUCCAGAUUUUCCCUGUAUGGAAUAGAGAGUCUGUAAGUGUAUUAUAAUGUACAAGAGCUCAAGGUCUCUAAUAACACACCAUAGCAACUCGUGUGCCUAUUUAAGAUCCGUUAUGCUUAACUUCCAUUUAUAUACUGUUGUGAUAAAUGCAUUUAUCUCCAGGGACUUCAGGAAUGGCUAGCCUGUGCUUUAAA